AGGACACAGCUGAGGAGAGAGAAACCACUGCAACCCAAGGCUAGCCGCCUCACUCCCUCUCUCUGUUUCCUCUUCUUCUUCUUCCUCCCGCCGGUCAGCUCAGCUCGCCUCGUCUCCUCCAUUUUGGCGACGCGAGCGAGCAUAUUAAAGCUGUGCCGGCGGCUGCAACUUUGCCGCCAUUUAUUUAGCUCCGGCUCUUUUAAAAGCUCUCUUCUCCUGCUGCCAUCUUCUUCUGGUUGGCACCACCAUUCCAUAUAUACCAUCUCCCUCCUCCUCCCGCGCUCGCUCUUCGCCAAUGGCCAAGCGACGCAGCAACGGCGAGACCGCCGCCGCGAGCAGCGACGACUCUAGCUCCGGCGUCUGCGGCGGCGGCGGCGGCGGUGAGGUUGAGCCGAGGCGGCGGCAGAAGCGGCCGCGGAGGAGCGCCCCGCGGGAUUGCCCCUCCCAGCGCAGCUCCGCGUUCCGCGGCGUCACACGGCACCGGUGGACGGGGCGGUUCGAGGCGCAUCUCUGGGACAAGAACACCUGGAACGAGUCGCAGAGCAAGAAGGGCAGACAAGUUUACCUCGGGGCUUACGACGGCGAGGAAGCGGCGGCGCGCGCCUACGACCUCGCCGCAUUGAAGUACUGGGGCCACGACACCGUCCUCAACUUCCCUCUGUCAACAUAUGACGAGGAAUUGAAGGAAAUGGAGGGGCAGUCCAGGGAAGAGUACAUCGGAUCGCUCCGGAGGAAGAGCAGUGGCUUCUCAAGAGGGGUGUCCAAGUACAGAGGAGUUGCAAGGCAUCAUCACAACGGCAAAUGGGAGGCUCGGAUUGGGCGUGUGUUCGGCAACAAAUACCUCUACCUAGGUACUUAUGCAACACAAGAGGAGGCGGCCGUGGCGUACGACAUCGCGGCGAUCGAGCACCGCGGCCUCAACGCCGUCACCAACUUCGACAUCAAUCUCUACAUCAGGUGGUACCACGGCUCUUGCCGCUCCAGCAGCGCCGCCGCCGCCACCACCAUCGAAGACGAUGAUUUCGCCGAAGCCAUCGCCGCCGCGUUGCAAGGCGUCGACGAGCAGCCGUCGUCGUCGCCGGCGACGACGCGCCAGCUGCAAACCGCGGACGACGACGACGACGACCUCGUGGCGCAGCUCCCGCCCCAGCUGAGGCCGCUGGCUCGCGCGGCGUCCACCUCCCCGAUCGGACUGCUGCUGCGGUCGCCCAAGUUCAAGGAGAUCAUCGAGCAGGCGGCGGCCGCGGCGGCGUCGUCCUCUGGUAGCAGCAGUAGCAGCAGCACAGACUCACCUUCUUCUUCGUCGUCGUCAUCGCUGUCGCCGUCGCCAUUGCCAUCGCCGCCGCCGCAGCAGCAGCCAACCGUACCGAAGGACGACCAGUACAACGUCGACAUGUCGUCGGUGGCGGCGGCGAGGUGCAGCUUCCCGGACGACGUGCAGACGUACUUCGGGCUGGACGACGACGGCUUCGGGUACCCGGAGGUGGACACGUUCUUGUUCGGGGAUUUGGGCGCGUACGCGGCGCCCAUGUUUCAGUUCGAGCUCGACGUCUGAACUCUCAACUCCGACCAGGGUGUUUCGGGAGGCCCACAAUCCCAGCCUGUUCCCGUAGAUGGGCUGGAAAGAUCGAAUCAAAUUUGGGCCUAUUCAGGGGAUGGGCUGGGAGAAUUGAUAUGGGCCGGCAGGGAUGGCCGAAAGGGAAGGCCUCCCAAGUUUUGGCUGUCAAGAAGCUAGAACUGAGUUCUCUCUCAAAAGAGAGAGAGAGAGAGAAGCUAGAACUGAGGAUUAGUUGCUUACUCGCAAAUACUAGUAGUUUGGAGGAAGAGUAAAAUAUUGGUUUAUUUGUUGCCCAUCUCUGCGAAGGGGAAUUUACCGUAAUAAAGAGUACAUAUUGCCGUUUUUA